AAUGGAAUCGCCUUACGACAGUGAACGCAGCACACGUGACAGCAUGACAGCGCAGGCGGGGGACAACAUGGCCGUGUGCAUAGCAGUUAUCGCCAAAGAGAACUACCCGCUGUAUAUUCGCAGUCUGCCCACUCAGAACGAGCUGAAGUUUCACUACACGGUGCACACCUCUCUGGAUGUGGUGGAGGAGAAGAUCUCAGCCGUGGGAAAGGCUUUGGGGGACCAGCGAGAGCUGUAUUUGGGUCUGCUGUACCCCACCGAGGACUACAAAGUAUAUGGCUAUGUGACCAACUCCAAAGUGAAAUUUAUCAUAGUUGUUGACUCAUCAAAUACAGCGCUACGGGACAAUGAAAUAAGAAGUAUGUUCCGAAAGUUGCACAAAUCAUUUACUGAUGUCAUGUGCAACCCUUUUCACAACCCUGGGGACCCCAUUCAGUCCAAAGCCUUUGAAAACAUCGUAACUGGAAUGAUGGUGCAAACUGGAUGAAACCAGAUCCACUCUCCAUCCAAGCAUCCUAUGUACAUAAUACCCCUUAUUGUAUUUACAUGUUAUCUCAGUAAAUGAACUGUCUGGAAAAUAAAA